GAAAGAGGUGACGUCACAUGUGGGGAGUACAUCUCGGCGUGCGCGAGUAAAUUCAGUUCUGCUGUUUGUGCUUGACGGGGUACUCUUCUCUUCAUUGUUCACGCAACUGGUUUACUCGCGGGAAGUUUAUUUAGUCAGGGGUCCGUGGCGCGAAAUGUUCGCUUGUCAGCGCGCGUAAUAACCAGCGCGUAAACGCGCACCUUUAGCACAGGUAACAGAGAACUUCCGGAAGAACGAGCAGAUCGGGUUACCUCGCGAGCCCAGAUUUUAUACGAGCCACUGCGACUUUAAAUCAGAAUCGUGAAAAGAAAAACAGCACAGCCAUGUCGGAACUGAAGAAGAAUAAGUUAUUUAUGGUGCUGAUGGAUGUUAUAUGUGUGUUUGUGGUGGCGAUGCCGUUCAUCAUAAUGACCAUCAUGUACAGCCCAUACCAGCGUGGAGUUUACUGCGAUGAUGAGACCAUCCGCUACCCCUACAGAAAAGACACAAUUUCUCACAAACUGAUGGCUGCCAUAACCAUUCCCUGCUCCAUUAUUAUUAUCGCUUCAGGAGAGGCAUACCUGGUCUACACCAAACGUUUAUACUCCAAUUCAGGCUUUAACCAGUACGCUGCAGCGCUCUACAAAGUCGUGGGGACAUUUCUGUUCGGCGCCUGUGUGAGUCAGUCUCUCACCGACAUGGCCAAAUAUACCAUCGGUCGCCUGCGGCCCAACUUUAUAGCCGUGUGCGCUCCAGAGGUCUGCAAUGGCUACAUGUUGGAGUUAAACUGCACGGGAAACCCGAGGAACGUGACAGAAUCCAGGCUGUCGUUCUACUCGGGUCACUCCUCUUUCGGGAUGUACUGCAUGUUGUUUCUGGCGCUUUACGUCCAUGCACGUAUGGCAUCCAAAUGGGCUCGCCUGGUGCGACCCACAAUUCAGUUCUUCCUGGUGGCCUUCGCUAUUUAUGUGGGCUACACGCGUGUGUCUGACUACAAACACCACUGGAGUGACGUGGUCGUGGGUCUUCUGCAGGGGGCUCUGGUGGCUGUCCUUACGGUGCGAUACAUUUCUGACUUCUUUAAAGAGCGCCCCCCUCUUUGCCAGAACGCAGAACCUGGUGAAAACGAUGACAUAGAGCGCAAGCCGAGCCUUCAGAUCUCAGACGCAGAGAGAAACAAUCAUUACACUUACAGUAGGCCUGUAUGAGCCUGACCUUUAACCCGGCGUGAAUGUGCUCACACAAAACCACUGGAUGCUGCAUCCUCUACGCUACGCCUUGUUCAGAUAACCGCACACAUCGCUGCUCAAACACAUACACUGGCACCGACUAUACUCAUAUCCACAGGAUCAUACUUCCCAUUAUAUAGCUCUCUGUGUGUGAGAGAGCAAGCGAUUGCAUAAACGAACACUGAAUAUUAUACUUUAUACUUUGCUACAGAUGGCUGACCGCUAUGCCGUAUAGUUUUUGCAUAUACGUAUACGCCGUACGCACAGAUUGCCUCGAAUCUAGCAAACAAUGAGGGACUUUAUUGUAUUAUAGCACAAAACUCGGCAAUGGGAACUGAUCGUUUCCAUGACAACCUCAAAACCAUCGGUUGACAUUUACUGACUAGCCGAAUUUCAAUCCAGUCGGAAGUCAAAGGUUGGGUGGAAGUUAUUUUCAUUAUUAAUGAAAUAUUUUAUCCAGUGUAUAUAUGCAGUACUGGAUUAUGAUGAUUUUAAAAGUGUUUUUAUAAAAAUGUGUCAUUUUAUUGUGGCGGUAGAUUUUAGAGACUGUAGCUUUUUAUAACAUUUUGGUUGAUAUAGCUUUAACUGGUUAAUUCCACAUACAUCUGCAAGAAAUCAUAGACAACAUAACUCGACUAAUUCUUUUAUAUACUACUAGUACUUGUGUCAUUUUAUUUUUUAUAAAGUUUUGUAAGUGUAACAAUCAUGUAAUAUCUGCCUAUACUGAAAACAUGCAAUGUUGCACAACAUUUCAUUGCAACUAUUAUUUUCUUGGCGUCAAGUUGUCAACAUAAGUACCACUAACUAACCCCCAUACAUAUCACACACCCCUUGUUUUUGGCCGAUUUGUGCCAAAACACUGACAUGAGCCAUAUACGUAUGAGUCACUUAAACCAAACUAUCCACAAAACAGGAUCACCAAAUAUUGACAAAAGUCAGUUUAAGAUUAAAGCCCUUUAACCGAUGUCUGUUUAACAUGUCCUGUGGGAUUGUGGGUACUAUUGGCCCAAAAAACAGACACUUCAAAAAUUCACUUUAUUCUCCAGGAAACACUGGUUUAUUGGUUUUAUCUGUGAUUUGAAACAAACUACUUCUAAACUAGCAUGUUGCUAACUAAGGUUGAAUAUAGAAACAGUUGUUUACAACAUGAUGGUCUCUUUUUUUUAACUUCUGCUUUAGUUGUUGUAUUUUGUUUGCGUUUACUGUGAGUUAAUGCUGCAAGGUUUUUAAUGGACACUAUAUUUCCUAAAUUUUGUUUCUUUAAUAUGAAGCAGAGACUCUGUGACUCCUGCAGUUAUAUAACACCAGACAGUCUUAUAAUAAAUCACGCAUGUAGUGUAGUGCACUUACACACUGAAUGUGUGACAAAGAUCAGCCAAUGUUUUCAAAAUGUAAGUAGUUUUGUGAACAGUACUGUUUUUCAGUAUUUUGAAAAAAAGUUUUAAGUUAGACGUUUACAUGUCUGUUAUAUGAGUAGAUGUUGACUGUGGUGUGACAGGUCUACUUCAUCUAAAACUUUCUAAAUGGCGUUUUAUUUCUUUUUGAAUUGUUUUUGCAUGCAUUAACUAACAUGCAUACAUUUUCUAUAUGAGAGUAACUGUGCGUUCACACCAGACGCGGAAGAGGCUGCAAGCGCAAGUGAUUUACAUGUUAAGUCAAUGCAAGGACGCGAAUAGGCAUCCUGGGGGUGUGGCAAGCACAAAUGGCGCGGGGAUGGCGUGUUCUGCGCGAAUUGAGCGUUGCUGCGGGAAACGCGCAAGUUGAAAAAUCUGAACUUUGGCGGAUAUUCACGCCGUGUUAACCAAUCAGGAGCUUGCUCUAGUAGGGACGUGAUUACAGGAAGCGAGCGGAGUUGCAGAAGCCCCUCCCAUGACGUGAAUUUCUGCGUGAUUGUCUUGAAUGACUAGAAUUUCAUGCGUGGCUUUCAUUCGCAAAUGCAAAAUGUUCAAGCGUCCAUUUGCCGUCUCUACCGCGUCUGGUGUGAAUGCACAGUUAGUGAUGCGCGGGUCAGGGUUUUUUUCCAACCCGCAGGUCCUGUUUUUAUUAAAUUAUUUUCGCCCGUCCCUCACCACAGUUUCUAUUUUUACAAUCCGUCCGCACCAGCUACCUUUAUAUAGACAUACUAGGCAUUGUAAUGUAAAUAAAACAGGCUUUAUUUCUGCCAUUAGAUCACAUCGCCCAGUAAACUGGCAACAACAUACACGUAUAUGAACUAUAGAAACCAGCAUGGUCGUAUUAAUAACAAGAUAGGAUAAUGAUAAGAGAAUUCCUUUAUCCGCCCCAACCCGACCGGCGCAUCACUAAUGAGAGUUAAAGAUGACAUGAAAUAUGUUUAAAAAAGGUGAAAAUUGUGAACUUCCAAAAUUAAGAAAAAGUGUUUACUCAACACCGGCUUUAAUCAGCAUUAUAUGCCAGCCAACUCCGGGCCAGAUCUUCACCGGAGCAGCUGACUUUGCCGCGAAUCCGGCCCAGAGUCGUCUGUUAUGGCUGAAUUACCAUUGGGAGAAAAUUCUGUUCCCUUAUAUUUAUUGUGAAAAUUUAAAGCUACUGAAUCUUGUUCCUUUUGGUUUAAAGGUAAAUUGUAUGAGCCACUUGUGAAGUUUGUAGCUCCAAAUUGUAUAUUAACCAAAUGUUAUUUUAUCAUAUGACUGUUUUGUAGUAAGUUUUAUUGUGAGUGUAUAGCUUGCGUUGCACGUACAGUUUUUAUUUCUAGGUUAUAUUUUGUAUUUGUUGGUUAUAUGUACAACUUUAGAUAAAUAAAUAAAAAAUCAGCAUCUUG